CGGCGAUCGCGUCGGCGUCAGACGUGAAGUAUUAUUAUUUAUUAGUUAGUAUUUAUGUUUUAUUCUGACGAAAGCAAUUAAUGUAUAAUAAAAUCGGCUCCUGGUAAGGUUAACAAACAGUAAUUCUUAUUUAUAACUUAAAUAUAUAUAAUUACUGGUAUUUAGAAAAAUACCUCUUUUCUUAUUAAUAACUAAAAUUAUGGUUCACGUUUCCAAGGGAACAUUGAUUACAUGUGACCAGUCUAUGAAACAAUUUUUGUUGCAAUUGGACCAAACUAACGCUCUUGGAAAAAAAUUUAUAUUACAAGAAUUGGACGAAGAGCAUUUAUUUGUAUCAUCUGAUGUAUUAGAAACGUUGGAAGAUCGCGUCGAUGAACUCAUGGAUCAAUUAACUUUUACACAAAACUAAAUUCAAUUCUUAGUUUUACACUAUUUUUACAAUAUUAUAUAAAAUGACUACGAAGAUUAGUGUAGGGAGGGAAUCGGGGAGAAUAAAAGAUGCAGACAAAAAAAAAGUUCUCGAUGUGGCAGCCAGAAAC